AUGUCAGAGGAUUCUUCUCCUCAACUGGAGUUUGUGUUUAGGAGUGGGCUCAGGGAGAAAACAGAGGGUAAAGGGAUGACUAGGAAUGAGGGUUUCACCUUUAAGCAAUGGAGGCCAAAUUUCAAUCUAUGGAAGGUUGAUACGCAAUGGAAGAUUGCUGUGUGGGUGCAUAUACUAUAUUUGCUGUUUGAGCUUUAUAAUGUGGAAUCAUUGAGAAGGAUAGGUAAUAUGGUAGGUAGAACUUUGAAGGUAGACUUGUCUACUUCAAUAUACGAUAAAGGAGUAUUUGAUAGGAUUUGUGCAGAGAUUGAUCUUCAUAAACCUCUUUUACUGGGUUUUGCUGUGUUUGGCAAAGUAUGGAAAUUUGAAUACGAGGGCUUGCAUCAAGUGUGCUUCCAUUAUGGAAAGUAUGGGCAUCUCAAUAAGGAUUGCCCAUUGAUAAACACUGAUAGUGAACAAGGUGAGGUAACCUCGAAGGUAAAUGAGGAAAAUGGAGAUGAAAAACGACGAUCAACAGCUAUUAAGAAAACUUCUAGUGACAAAGAGUUCAAGAGGUUAGUAAAUGAUAUUGAUGUCACUGACUUGGGCCAUGUGGGACCUGCACUUAGAGAUGGGGAGGGUUGA